GAGCAUGCCCACGUGUUGGCCGGGUUUCCACCGGAGGAGACAGAGCCGCCGGGACUCCUGGACCCCAGAUUAGCUCAACGGGCUCUAGACUAGGGCUCCUGGGGACGCCGGACCUCGGUUUUCUGUUGAUCCUGGUCGCCCGGAAGCGGCGCGUGACUCCUCCCCCUCGUCUCCUCCGCCCCCGCCAGGCGGCGCCGUUUACUCAACCCGAUUUUCCGUGUGGCUGCUUAUCUAUUACCAUUGCCACCCUAGCAGUGUUGAGAUAGUCCGAAGGGAUUCAUUGAAAUGAAUUGACAGAGAACCAUCUACCAGCCGUUUGGAAUAGUCUUGCUUCUAGACUGUGGUUUGAUAGCAUUAGAUCUCCUGGUUGUAUAUGCCCAGGUUCUUGUGCUCACGCCCGGAGCCCGAAGCAGUAGGUGUAGUGUGGGUUCCAGGUUGAGAUCCAGAGUCUCUGCAUCUCUCCCUUAGAUGGUAUGACUGGUAGAAACAGCUGGAAUGAGUUGGCUAUGAGUUGCUUACAUCUUGAAGUUUACUGCAGAUGCAGAAAGUCUCCGUGCUCCUCUUCUUAGCCUGGGUCUGUUUUCUUUUCUACGCUGGAAUUGCGCUCUUCACAAGUGGCUUCCUUCUCACCCGUUUGGAGCUCACCAACCAAAGCAGCUGCCAAGAGCCCCCCGGCCCUGGUUCCCUGCCAUGGGGGAGCCGAGGAAAAUCUGGGGCCUGCUGGAUGCCAUCCCAGUUCUCCAGGGUUGUGUUGGUGCUGAUAGACGCUCUGCGAUUUGACUUUGCCCAGCCCCAGCGCUCACAUGUGCCUGGGGAACGUCCUGUCUCCGUGCCUUUUCUGGGAAAAUUAGGCUCCUUGCAGAGGAUCCUAGAGAAUAAACCCCACCAUGCCCGACUAUACCGAUCUCAGGUGGAUCCCCCCACGACCACCAUGCAGCGUCUCAAAGCUCUCACCACUGGUUCCCUGCCUACCUUUAUUGAUGCUGGCAGUAACUUUGCCAGCCAUGCUAUAGUGGAAGAUAAUCUCAUUAAGCAGCUCAACAGUGCAGGAAGGCGUAUCGUUUUCAUGGGAGAUGAUACCUGGAAAGACCUUUUCCCUGGAGCGUUUUCCCAAGCCUUCUUCUUCUCCUCCUUCAAUGUCAGAGACCUACACACAGUGGACAAUGGCAUCCUAGAACACCUCUAUCCUACCAUGGACAGCGGUGCCUGGGACGUGCUGAUUGCUCACUUCCUGGGCGUGGAUCAUUGUGGUCACAAGUAUGGCCCUCACCACCCUGAAAUGGCUAAGAAACUUAGCCAGAUGGACCAAGUGAUCCAGGAACUUCUGGAACGUCUGGAGAAUGACACACUGCUGGUGGUAGCUGGUGACCAUGGGAUGACCAUGAAUGGGGACCAUGGAGGGGACAGUGAGCUGGAGGUCUCAGCUGCUCUCUUCCUGUACAGCCCCACCCCCCUCUUCCCUACUGUCCCCCCGGAGGAGCCAGAGGUUAUUCCUCAAGUCAGCCUUGUGCCCACACUGGCACUGCUGCUAGGCCUGCCCAUCCCAUUUGGGAACAUCGGAGAAGUGAUAACUGAGCUGUUCCCAGGUGGCAACGACUCCCAUCCUCAGGCAUCUGCUCUGGCCCAAGUCUCAGCUCUCUAUAUCAAUGCCCAGCAGGUGUCCCGAUUUCUUCAUACUUACGCAGCUGCUACUCAGGAUCUCCAGGUUAAAGAGCUUCGUCAGCUGCAGCAGCUCUUCUCCAAGGCCUCUGCUAGCUACCAGCAGCUCCUGCAGGACCCCCAGGAGGCUGAGACGUCGCUGAAGACGUUGACCGCUGAGUUGCAGCGGUUCCUGCGGGGAGCUCGGGCCAUAUGCAUCGAGUCUUGGGCCCGUUUCUCUCUGGUCCGAAUGGCAGGGGGUGCUGCUCUCUUGGCUGCUGCCUGCUUUCUCUGUCUGCUUGCAUCCCAGUUGGCAGUAUCCCCAGGCUUUCCCUUCCGCCCGCUACUGCUAGUGCCUGUAGCCUGGGGCCUAACUUGGGCCGUACUGUAUGCUGGACUUGCGGUAACUGCAGGGUCAAAGGUGGAUACAGUGGUUCUAGGGGCUGUGGCUGCAGCAGGGUCACUCCUCAUUUUUCUGUGGAAAGUGUGGGUUAGCUGGGGGUCCAGUAGGCCCCUGGUACCCCUACUCCCUGUCCCUGGACCUGUUCUUUUGCUCCUGCUCAUUCGCUGGGCCACUUUCUUCUCUGAUAGUUUUGUUGUUGCUGAGGCCAGGGCUACUCCCUUCCUUUUGGGCUCUCUCAUCCUAUUCCUGGUUGCCCAUCUUCACUGGGAGGGCCAGUUACUGCCACCUAAACUGCUUACAAUGUCCCGCCUUGGCUCUUCUGCCCCAACAGGCCCUCCGCGGCACAGUGGCACAUAUGCCCUGAGGCUUGGAAUUGGGUUGCUUUUAUGUACAAGGCUAGCUGGGCUUUUCCAUCGCUGCCCUGAAGAGACACCUGCUUGCCACUCCUCUCCCUGGCUGAGUCCUUUGGCGUCUAUGGUGGGCGGUCGAGCCAAGAAUUUGUGGUACGGAGCUUGCGUGGGGGCACUGGUGACUCUGUUAGUUGUUGUGCGCCUGUGGCUUCGCCGCUAUGGUAAUCUCAAGAGUCCUGAGCCACCUGUGCUCUUCGUGCGCUGGGGGUUGCCCCUCAUGGCACUAGGCACGGCUGCCUACUGGGCGUUGGCGUCAGGGGCAGAUGAAGCACCACCACGUCUCCGGGCCCUGGUUUCUGGGGCGUCAGUUGUGCUGCCUCGGGCUGUGGUAGGACUGGCUGCCUCAGGGCUCGUGCUGCUGCUGUGGAGGCCUGUGACUGUGCUGGUCAAGGUUGGGGCUGGUGCUUCAAGGACCAGGACUAUCCUCACUCCCUUCUCAGGUCCCCCUACUUCUCAGGCUGACCUAGAUUAUGUGGUCCCACAAAUCUACCGCCACAUGCAGGAAGAGUUCCAGGGCCGGCUAGAGAGGACCAAAUCUCAGGGUCCUGUCACUGUAGCCGCGUACCAGUUGGGAAGUGUCUACUCCGCUGCGAUGGUCACAGCCCUCAUCCUUUUGGCCUUCCCGCUUCUGCUGUUGCAUGCAGAGCGUGUCAGCCUCGUGUUCCUGCUCCUGUUUCUGCAGAGCUUCCUUCUCCUGCAUCUGCUUGCUGCUGGGACAUCAGUCACCACCACUGGUCCUUUUAUUGUGCUGUGGCAGGCAGUCUCAGCGUGGGCCCUUCUGGCCACCCAGACCUUCUACUCCACUGGCCACCAGCCUGUCUUUUCAGCCAUCCAUUGGCAUGCAGCGUUCGUGGGAUUCCCAGAGGGUCAUGGCUCCUCUACUUGGUUGCCUGCUUUACUAGUGGGAGCAAACACCUUUGCCUCCCACAUCCUCUUUGCAGUAGGUUGCCCACUGCUCCUGCUCUGGCCCUUCCUGUGUGAGAGUCAAGGGCCAAGGAAGAGGCAGCAGCUCUCAGGGAGUGAAGCCGAGGCCAGAGUCAGGCCUGAGGAGGAGGAGGAGCCACUGAUGGAGAUGCGCCUCCGGGAUGCUCCGCACCACUUCAAUGCAGCCCUGAUGCAGCUUGGCCUCAAGUACCUCUUCGUCCUUGGAGUUCAGAUUCUAGCCUGUGCCUUGGCAGCUUCCAUCCUCCGAAGGCAUCUCAUGGUCUGGAAGGUGUUUGCCCCAAAGUUCAUUUUUGAAGCCACCGGUUUCAUUGUGAGCAGCGUGGGACUUCUCCUGGGCAUAGCUUUGGUAAUGCGAGUGGAUGGCGCCGUGAGUUCCUGGUUCAGACGGUUGGUUCUGGCUCAGCAGAGGUAGCCCAGGCCUUGCCUGUUGGCACCUGGCCAUGGAGAGGGCUGAAGAAUCAUCUGGCCUGACCUGUACUGGUGCUGGAUAUUCUGCAGGAGAGACUCAGACACAUCUCCUACCGUCAUGUAACCAGAGACUGCUUACCCUGGGACUUCAUUCUAUAAUUCAGAAUCACUGUGGAGCCUGAGCCCUCGCUCCUUGUUUGGAUGCAUCUGAUGGACUACAGGGGUGGUCCCCAAAGUGGAAUCAAAUAGCAGUGUAAAUGUGUGUAUCUAAGAUGUGGAAGAGCUCGCCAAGUCAGCCUCCUCCCACCAAGCACGAUUAGUUAUGUCACCUUAGGUGGGGGUUGCUGUACCCGAGAACUCUUUGGCGAGAAGCUGUCUGGGUUCUUCCCAAAUGUUGUAGUCGUCCUGUUUGUCCUGUGUCCUCCUUGUUUGUUUGGUUUUGGUCAUUCUGUGCUUUAACUGAUAGCAGAGAAGACAAGCCCAGCAUCGUGAAGCACAUAGACGUCUGUGUCUGAAGCCUUAAGCAGCACUGUUUCUUCCUCUGGUUCCUUUCUCUCCCACAGCCGUAGAAGCCUCUCUCUAGUUUUUAGCCCAUGUCACCUUUCUCACAUCUACCUGCCUAUUGAUUAUUCCCAACUUAAAGCCAAAAUGAAAUGAAUGUAAUGCAUCUUUUUAAAAACAAUCUCACUAUGUAUCUGUAGCUUGUAACUCAAUGUGGAGUAGGCUAGCCUUGAAAUCAGAGAGAUCCACCUGCCUCUGCCUGCCAGAAUAAAGGUGUGUGUCAGCACGCCUGGCUAAUGAUUCUCUUUUAUGUUCAUCCUGUGCCUCUGCUUAUCCCACCACUCACAUGUCGAGUUUAAAGUGUGACAUUGUCCCGAAAAUGUCCACCUGUGGACUUGAGAAGAGGCUCUGGAGAGAGGGAGGGGCUGGGACUGCCCUUGAGGUUUGUGUUCCAGUCAUGAGGAGAUGGGACUAUUAUGUGACAGAUGAACAGAUGUUAAAAUGGGGACAGCUAGGUACAGUGACUGUGGUGUGAAAGAAAAUGGCCCCUAAAAUGAGUGGCACUGUUAGGAAGGGGGCUUGUUGGAGGAAGUGUGUCACUGGGGGCGGGCUUCCAGUUCCCUCGGUGUGACAAUCACUUCACUUUCUGUUCGCGGUGACAUGUAGCACUCUCAGCUCCAGUACCAAGUCUGUCUGCGUGCUGCCAUGCUCCCUACCUCUGAAACUAAGUGCGCCACCCCAAUUAAAUGUUUUCCAUAUAAGAGUUGUCAUGGUCAAAGUGUCUCUUGGCAGCAUUAGAAACCUUAACUAAGACAACUUGGUUCCAGGGCUGUAUGAUGAGACUCUGUUGCUAAACAAACUUCAGACAGUGAGAGUAAUUUUUGUUUUAUAAAUAGGCUCUCAUUAUAUAGCCCAUGAUGGCCUGGAACUUCUGAUCCCCCUCCUACUUUACCAUCCUGAGUGCUAGGAUAUAGGCAUGUGUACUAUCAUGACUACAAAAUUCACCCUGUAGAAGUAUGUAUUUUUUUUGAGGUGUGUCGGGGGUUGGGGGGUGGAGAGAUGAUGGCUUAGCAAGCAGAGUGAAUUUGAACCCUGGUACUGACUCUCAAAAGUUGCCCUCUGACCCUCACAUAUGUGCAGUUUCCAUGGCCAAAUAAAGAAGUAGAAUGAAACUCCAGGAAAAUUAAAAAUUUCAAAAAAAUAAAAAUUUCAGGCUGAGAGAUGGCUCAGGAGUUAAGAACACUGGCUGUUUUUCCAGAGGUCCUGAGGUCAAUUCCCAUGGACCAGAUGGCAGUUCACAGCCAUUUCUAUAGUGGGAUCUAAUGCCCUCUUCUGGCAUGCAGACAGAGUACAUAAGAUAUAUAAAUAAAUACAUUAAAUAAAUCUCACAAUGUUUUAAAUAAGUUUGUGAUUUUGUAUUGGGCCAUAUUCAUAGCUAACCCAUAGCACAUGUGGCCCUCAGCCCUGUCCAGCUUACUUGGUAGAGAAACAAAGGGAACUAAGGAGGGAGUGAGGGAAGAAUAGGGAGUAUGGAGUGGCGUGAGAUGCUCAAAGUAUCGUCUCUACUUGUUUGAGAAUGUCCUUAUGGAAGCCAGUACCAUGUACAAUGAAUGAAACCAAUGAAAAAAAAUUAAGGAAGUACAUAAUUAUUUAACGUAAAAGCUAAAAUAAUAAUAAUAAUAAUAAAAAGAUUGCCAUACAUGCUGGGCUGCUGAGCAUAGUGGCACGUGCCUGUGACCCUAGCAGUUGGGAGACUGAAGUGGGUUUAUCCUGAGUCUUAAAAACAAAGCAUAAGUCAGAGAACUUCUUGUGAAGUUGCACACCGUUUUACAUUCUCUCCAGCAUUGUAUGCAUUUAUUUCUGUUGCUCACAGUGUCUCCCGCAGCCCAGGCUGGCCUCCACCUCACUUUAUAGCCAAAGAUGGCCUUGAACUGGUCCUUUGUCCUACUCUUGAGUGCUGGGAUUAUGUUGGAAGCCAUUCGCCUAGCUUUGGAUCAGCAUGUGAGUGUUGGUCCAAUGGGUCUCCACAAGGCAAAGCCCAAGGAGACAGUCUCACUGGGCAAGAACCAGUGAACUUCAAGACAGCGUAGAAUACUGCUGGGAUUGCACUGCCUGCGAGCUAUCUUCUCUCUCACAAUAUUGAUAAUUUUCUUGGUUAUUAGUGUUAGUCAUGCAUGGGACAGAUGUGAUCAUUCCUGGAAAACCUAUUUUUUUUCUCAUAUUUUCUAAAAUCCUUUGGGAGCUGAUGCUUCUCGGGUUUCUUGUCUGGGGGUGACAGUUGUCACUCCAGGCCUCCAGAGCUAUUCUGAUUCAGUGUUAACAGAAUCUGCGAUGGAUCACCCAUAUUUCUGUAUAUAUGCUUUGUUAAGUUUUGAAUGAUGCUGUUCUUGAGCAUGUGUGCCUAUGUUUACCAUCUUUUAGCUUUGUAAAGACAGGAUUAUGUGGCUUGAUAUUUGGCCUAGCAAAAUUAUAAUUGUUGUUUUGAUUUAAAAGAUAUUUUGUUGUAAAGGUUGGGAAAAACAUAGUUGAUGUAUUUGUUUUUGCUGGAGUUAAGGUUGGAGGGUGGAAAAAAGCAUGUGUUAUGUGAUUUCUAAUUGGUCUUAAUAAUAAAAACCCAGAGUCAGAUAUCAAGGUGAAUGCUUAAAGAGCAGAGAAGCAGAGCAGCCAGUCACUAGUUCUUACCUCUACCGAAUGGGGUAUCCUGUCUCAGACUGAAUGGCCUGAGCUCCUGUCUCCUGCUGCCUUUUAUUCCUCUCUCUCUGCCUAGCCAUAUCACUCCUGUUUCCACCUCCCCUGGGGUUAAAGGUGUGAGCCACCACUGCAUGGCUCUAUUUCUCUUUUAGACUGAUUCACGUCUCCUGUAACACAGGAUCGCCCUAAACUCAUAGAGUUCCAUCUGCCUCUGUCUCUUGAGUGCUGGGAUUAAAGGUGUGCACCACCACGGCCUGGCCUUUAUCUAUGGCUGAGUAGUGUGGCUAGCUCCACACUCU